UCGCCACCAGUCCGUUCCCGGAACGGCACACCGUCACACGGCACGGGGGAUUCGUUCCCUUCCCCACCAACCUCCUCCUCUCCUCCCCGGGCGCCAUAAAUCUCCGGGUCACCCCCUCCUCCCCUCUUCCCCCAAUCCCAUCUCGCCCCUCGGAGCAAGCGGCCCGAUCCCCAAAUCCUCCUCCCCUCGCGAGCCCCGUCACCCUUCCCCGCGUCAAGAUGCAGAUCUUUGUUAAGACCCUCACCGGCAAGACCAUCACCCUUGAGGUGGAGUCUUCUGACACCAUUGAUAAUGUCAAGGCCAAGAUCCAGGACAAAGAGGGUAUCCCCCCGGACCAGCAGCGGCUCAUCUUCGCUGGCAAGCAGCUCGAGGACGGGCGCACGCUUGCUGACUACAACAUCCAGAAGGAGAGCACCCUCCACCUGGUGCUCCGUCUCAGGGGAGGCAUGCAGAUUUUCGUGAAGACCUUGACCGGGAAGACUAUCACCCUGGAGGUUGAGUCUUCUGACACCAUUGACAAUGUCAAGGCCAAGAUCCAAGAUAAGGAGGGCAUCCCCCCAGACCAGCAGAGGCUCAUCUUUGCUGGCAAGCAGCUCGAGGACGGCCGUACCCUUGCUGAUUACAACAUUCAGAAGGAGAGCACUCUCCACCUGGUGCUCCGACUGAGGGGUGGGAUGCAGAUCUUCAAGACCUUGACUGGCAAGACUAUUACCCUUGAGGUGGAGUCUUCUGACACCAUUGACAAUGUAAAGGCGAAAAUCCAGGACAAGGAGGGCAUCCCUCCGGACCAGCAGAGGCUCAUCUUUGCUGGCAAGCAGCUUGAGGAUGGCCGCACCCUUGCUGAUUACAAUAUCUAGAAGGAGAGCACUCUCCACCUGGUGCUCCGCCUGAGGGGUGGGAUGCAAAUCUUCGUCAAGACAUUGACUGGCAAGACCAUCACCUUGGAGGUUGAGAGUUCCGACACCAUUGACAAUGUGAAGGCUAAGAUCCAGGACAAGGAGGGCAUCCCCCCAGACCAGCAGCGUCUGAUCUUUGCGGGGAAGCAACUGGAGGAUGGUCGCACCCUUGCCGACUACAAUAUCCAGAAGGAGUCUACCCUCCACCUGGUCCUCCGUCUCCGUGGUGGUCAGUAAGCCACCGGUCAUUGAAGCUGCUGCUGUACCUGGGUCGUCUGUUCGCUUCCAUGAAGGGUGUUGUCUUUGAAGUAUCUGUGUCGUUUCUGUUGGAACUGUGUUGUGUUUGAUUUGUGGAACUGGUUGGGACUAGUGUGUUUACAUGAAACAGUUGUUGCGGUGCAGCAGUGUGGCUUAACCAUGAAUAAGUGAUGUUUGAACUUAAAUGUGUGCUCUGUUUGGUAACAUUUUCUUCUGGC